AUGGCCACUGAGUGCAUCCUCAGAGCAGUGCAGAUUGAAUUCCCUGGAACUGCCAGGAUUCCUCGGGGAAGCUGCUCAGGAAAUCUUGGAGGAGAGGAGGAGGUGGCAUCGACCCAGGAGGAGCAUGAGGGCACAAGAGAGGUGCCAAAGCCAUCCAGAGCAGUGAGGAGGAGAAGCACAGAGGCUGCCCCAGAAGACUCCCACUCUCACAUCCCUGUGCCUGAUUUGAAGUGACAGUGAGCAGAAGCAUAAGGUAUCUCUCAUUCUGUUUGGACUCCUUGUUUACAGAAGAGUGAUGGAGAUGCUAUUAAGCACAAAAGGCAUCACCAUAUGCCUGUUUUUCUUUGUAUUGAGUUUGGCAGCAGCUAUUGAAAUACCAUUAUCAGUUUCCCAGCUUCCAACAAUCACAGAGCAAUCCCACACCCAGGUUGCCUACCCCUUUGAUGAGGACUUCACCAUUAAAUGUGAAGCCAGAGGAAACCCCCAGCCCACCUUUAACUGGACUAAGGAUGGAAAACCAUUUGAUUUAUCAUCUGACCCCAGGAUAGUCACAUCCAACAGCUCUGGAACUUUUGUGAUCCAGAACAGGGGAAUCAUCAACAAUUUCCAAGGGAAAUAUCGCUGCUUUGCAUCCAACGUGCUGGGAACUGCCAUGUCAGAGGAAAUUGAGCUGAUUGUUCCAAGUGUACCGAAAUUCCCCAAAGAGAAAAUCGAGCCUCUGGAUGUGGAGCACGGAGAUUCUGUGAUCCUGCACUGCAACCCCCCAAAAGGCAUCCCCCCUUUGCAUAUCUACUGGAUGAAUAUUGAUUUGCAGCACAUCCCACAGGACGAAAGGGUCUCCAUGAGCCUGAAGGGAGACCUCUACUUUGCCAACGUGGAGGAGAGUGACAGCAGGAGUGACUACUGCUGCUUUGCAGCCUUCCCCAGGCUCAGGACCAUCGUGCAGAAGAUGCCCAUGACGCUCAAGGUUUCCCGCUUAAAGCAUGCUAAUGACUCAGGCUCACCUAACGCUGCUGUUACUAAGGCAAAUUUUAUCAAGGAAAGGAAGCCCAAGCUGCUGAUCCCUCCUGAAUCUGCUGGCAGUAGCUCAUCAGUCACUGUCAUCAAGGGAGGUGUCCUGCUCCUCGAGUGUAUUGCUGAAGGGCUCCCAACUCCUCACCUCAGCUGGGUGAAGGUGACAGGAAACAUGCCCAAGGAUGAGCCAGAGACAGAGAACUUUGGGAAGACCCUGAAGAUUGACCAAGUGACAGCAGCUGAUGAGGGGACGUACCAGUGCACGGCCAGCAACCCCAUGGGCAGGGCCAGGCACGAGUUCCACGUGCAUGUGGAAGAGCCUCCCCAGUGGCUGAAGAAGCCCGAGGGUGGGGUUUACAGCGUGGGGACAAACCUGGUGCUGCUGUGCGAGGCCAUCGGGAACCCCGAGCCCAGCAUCCAGUGGAAGCUCAACGGGAUGCCCAUCGAUGGCAGGACCUUCCGAGGGAGAAUCUCCACCCGGGAGAUCAGCCUGACCAACCUGCAGCUGCAGGACAGCGCCGUGUUCCAGUGCGAGGCCACCAACAAGCACGGCACCAUCCUGGCCAGCGCCAACGUCAACGUCCUCAAUAUUGCCCCCCUGAUACUGACCCCAGAUGGGGAAAACUACGCCACGGUCGUGGGCUACAGCGCCUUCCUGCACUGUGACAUCUUUGCCUCACCUGCAGCAGAUGUCAGAUGGACCAAGGAUGACAGCAUAGAGCCCCUUUCAACAUUUCGCUACCAGUUAAACAAGAAUGGCACCCUGGAGAUCAGGGACACCAGGAAGGAGGACUCGGGGUCCUACGCCUGCUGGGCUGCAAAUUCUGUGGGGAAAAGAGCAAUCACUGCUAAUCUGGACAUAAGAGAUGCUACAAAACUUGUUGUUACUCCGAAGAGCCCCCGAGUGCUGAAAUCACAUUCCAUUUUAUUGAAAUGCCAGGCUGAGUAUGAUCCCCACUUGAAACACAGUUUUAAAUUAUCCUGGAGGAAGGAUGGAGAUGAGCUGCCAGUCAACAGCACGGAAGGUGGCAGGAUAAUUCUGGACAGGGAUACCCUGUUCAUAUCCAGUGUUCUCCUGGAGGAUCAGGGAGUUUACAGGUGUGUGGCCAGCACUGCCCUGGACACUGCUGAGGCUGAGGCGCAGCUGAUCGUUCUGGAUGUUCCUGACCCACCAGAAGACCUCCAGCUCUCGGAAAACCAAAACCGGAGCGUUCGACUCUCCUGGAAGGCUGGGGCCAGCCAUAACAGCCCUGUUAAUGAGUCAAUUAUAGAGUUUGAAGAGAACCACUGGGAGCCGGAGAUGUGGCAGGAGCUGGCCAGAGUGCCAGGGAAUGACACCACAGCCCUGCUGUCCCUGUCGCCCUACGUGAAUUACCAGUUCCGCGUGGUGUCCGUCAACGCCGUGGGCAGGAGCCAGCCCAGCAAACCAUCCCUGCGCUAUGCCACCCCUCCAGCUGCUCCAGAUAAAAACCCAGAGAACAUCCGAGUGGAAGCCUCUGAACCCAAUGAAAUGGUGAUGAAAUGGGAGCCACUGAAGCCCAUGGAGAGGAACGGGCCGGGGCUGGAGUACAAGGUCAGCUGGAGGCAGCGGGGUGUGGAGACGGACUGGAACGAGGAGCUGGUGAAGAAGCACUCCCUGAGCGUGCGGAACGUGCCCACCUUCGUGCCCUACGAGAUCAAAGUCCAGGCUGUCAAUAAUCUAGGAUCUGGCCCAGAGCCAAACAUCACCAUUGGAUAUUCAGGAGAGGACGUUCCAGAUGCUGCUCCUUCGGGCGUGUCGGUGGAGGUCGUGAACAGCACCCUGGUCAAAGUCUUCUGGUUUGGGAUACCAAGGGACAGAGUUCGUGGGCACUUAAGAGGCUACAAGGUCAGCUGGUGGAAAACAAGAAGCCUGCUGGAUGGAAAGAGGCAUCACCCAGAGAAACACUUCCUGACGUUUGUAGGGGACAGGAACUAUGGGAUGGUUCCUGGCCUGGAGCCCUUCAGUGAAUUCCGCUUGACAGUUUCGGCUUUCACCUCCAGAGGAGAUGGCCCUGAGAGCUCCCCUGUGGUUUUUGAAACUCCAGAAGGAGUCCCUGAACAGCCGCGUUUUCUCAGGAUCCUGAACUUUGACAAGGACUCAGUCACUCUCUCCUGGGGGCUUCCCAAGAAAGCCAACGGCCACCUCACUGGCUACAUUCUGCAGUACCAGAUAAUCAACGAGACGCACGAGGUGGGCGCCGUGAGCAACGUGAGCGUGGCCAACCGCUCCGCGCUGAGCUGGCGCCUGGCCGGGCUCAGCCCCAGCACCAAGUACAAGUUCUACAUCAAAGCCUGCACGGCCAAGGGCUGCGGGAAGGCGGCCACCGAGGAGGGGCUGACGCUGGCCCAAGGCAGUAAAGGCAGCGGCAGGAUUUCAGACGCAGUAAAGCCCACCCCAAAGUUUCAGCCCAGCGAGGCCCUUGAGCCUGGCACUGAGUACACAAUCCGCCUAGUGACUAAGAACUGGGUGGAUAACAAUAGCAUUUUUGAAGAUGUAAUUGAGACCAGGGGGAGAGCCUACGCUGGCAUUUACGAGGGGAUUUCCACCCAGGGCUGGUUCAUCGGGCUGAUGUGUGCCAUCGCCUUGCUCACCCUGCUGCUGCUGACAAUUUGCUUUGUCAGAAGAAAUAAAGGAGGCAAAUAUUCAGUGAAAGAAAAAGAAGAUUUGCAUCCAGAUCCCGAAGCUCAAUCAAUAAAAGAUGAAAUCUUUGGGGAAUAUAGUGACAGCGAUGAAAAGCCGCUGAAAGGCAGCCUCCAGUCACUUAACGGGGACAUUAAAGCCACUGGAAGUGCUGAUAGUCUGGUAGAUUAUGGAGAAGGGGAGCAUGGCAUGUUCAAUGAAGAUGGUUCAUUUAUUGGAGCUUAUUCUGGAUCUAAGGAAAAAGGAUCAGUGGAAAGCACUGGGAGCUCUACGGCGACUUUUCCUCUCCACGCCUAAAAUUGGUGUUUCCUUGUGGUGUUUGUCCUGCUCAGCUCCCCACAGUGUGCUGGGGAGCAGGGUGCCACUUGAGCCAGUCAGGAAAAUCCUGACAUCCAGGUAAAACAAGAACCAGUCACUGCCACUAAAAGAUGAUUUUUCCAUCCUAAUUUCUAUGUGUUUUCUUCUGAAUAAAACAGAGUAAUUCUUUUUUGUACACGAUGUGUUAGUCUGAGCAAACCAGAGUUUGCUCUGGUGGUACAUCUGUGUCCCUGCCUGCUGCUCCAGGUGUUUCCUAGGCUUGGAAUAUGUUUCUCUGGGUGGUAUUUUUUGCCCUGUGUGGCUGUUGUCACAGGUGUGUGUGUAAAAUUCCCUCAUGACCUUGGUUAUACCCUCGAGGUUGUGGCACCAACAAAACCAGAUAACUCUGCAAACUGACACAACGAGGAAAAUUAGAAUUUAAAACACCAGAGAAAUAUAUUCUAUAUAUUGUAUAAUUUUUUUUCCUAAAGAAUUAAACCCCUUUGUGUAUGAUAUUCAAAAACAAACUGUUUUAGUGGUUACAGCUGACGUCAGUUCCAAUUCUUAGAAAUGCAGCUUUGCCCACAGGAGAGUGUGGGUGAAGCUGCUGCCCAGUAGCUGGCACUAUUUCCUUAAAGAAGUUAAGCUGCAGCUCUUUCCUGUGGCAAGGCAAAACAGGGUUCCCAUCCAUCAUCACUCGAAAUAUUUUUCAUUUUUCCCAGCUGCAAGCUGCAUUUCUAAGCAAACUCCUUGGUGUCUGUCUCAUAUCUGUAUAUUUGUGAGCUAGCCAACAUUUCAUGGAGACGUUGUACAUAUGAUAUUAAUAUUGACACAAGUCCAGAGCAGCCUGGUUUUAUUUUGAACUGAGACAUGUUGCUAGCAUGGGUCUGUAUAGCUGUGUAGGAAUGAGUAGAUUUGCUUCUCAGUAUGGAUUUGGACCAGCAAAAUUAGUUUCCAGAAGGAGUUGUGUGUAUAGGAACCAUCCAAACCUCUCACCAUUCAAGCAGCACCUAAACUAGACCUACCUGAAUUUCAAGAGUUCAUUUCUUUGCAGCCUAUUCGCUGUUAAAUAAGAAAAAAACAAAAGCAAAGAGAAAAUAUUAUGGUAGAGUUUGUUUUCCUAUUUUGUUGACUGAAUGCUGGUUUAAAUCUGGUUCUUUGCCUCUCCCACACUAACUCAGCCAAGCUGUACAGCACAUUUUUUUGGUCUUUUUGUAUUGGAAUCUCCUGGAUCUCUUUUUAACAGCACUUGUAUUUUUCAAUCUGCUUGUUUGAGUAGAGCAUCAACGUGGCUUCAUUUCUUCUGUCACUCCCAUCAUAAAGGUUUUUCAGUAGUCCCUGCAGGAGGAAUAGAUCCUAAAAGCUGUUUGGCAUCCUGAUAGCAAUUAGACAAAUAUCCCCAAAUGGCUCCUCCAUGGUUGCAGUGGAAGAAAGAGAGGAAGCAAGAAUUACUCCCGUGGUUCUGAGUGUCCAGCAAGGGCUACAGUUAAGCCCAGGGAAAUGCAGAAUUUUCCCAGUGGAAGGGCUGUGGAUCCCACACAGCUCCCCCCAGGCUGGGGCUGCUCCUCAGAGCUUGGAAGUUUCUGGAAGCCUUUGGUGCAGAAGCUUCUGCUUAUCUGUGCCUCUUUUUUGGGGUUUUAAUUGGAGCUUUUAAGGGCUUUUUGUGUAACCUCUGUUUGGGAAAAGCAAACACCAACAACCACCCCAAAAGCCCCAUUCAGGCUGUGCCUAUAAAUGAAAAAUGGUGAGUGGAAAUCUGCCCUCAAUCAAAAAUUAUCCCAUAUCAGUCACCCACAUCAUUCACUUUUUAUUAUUUAUAAAAUUCUAUUUUCUGUACUUCACUCAAUCCAAUCACUGAAAAGGUCCAAAAGCCUUUUAAUUUUGGGGGGGGGGGGAAUAAAGUAAUUUUCCAAAGAAGGGAGUGCACAAUUAGAGAAAUGUGAAAAUUGGCAUCUCAUCAACAGAGACAUUUCCCAGCAGCAUCUUUAUCUGCUGACUCGUGUCUGCUGCAGCCCAAAGCAGAUAAAAUCUAGGAACUGAUUAGGCUUGUGACAACCUGCUGCUUGCUUUGGGCUGGUUUAAUGUAUUUCCUUUGGGGAUCAUCUGCACUGAUCAAACAUCGUUGAAAAUUCGGGAAUAGAGCUGGGGUGGGCUCCCCCAAAUCCUCCCUUUGGGCUGGGGGGCUGUUCCUGCACACACCCAUCACAUUUUCCUGUGGGUCACUGCAGAUGAACCAGACCCCUCAUCCCAGAAAAUGCUUCUGUUAAACGAUGUUAAAUUUCCCUCUUUCAGACCUUAUUAGUGAGUGUCAAAUGCUCCAAUAAUGGAUAUAAAAUCUCUCAUGCAGCUCCUGCUCUGUCGCUGCUAAGAGGUGUUUGUGACGUGCUGCUGGUGCUGCUUUUUCCACUCAGAUUUUAAUUCACAGCCUUAAAUCCUAAUGUUGGUGUUCCACGAUGCCUCAGGAGCUCAAAAUCAAACAGGGAGGAAAAGAUGUGCAAUGGAACCUGGAUUUUUGACCUCAAGUUUUGAGGAAAAUGCCCAGUGAAUAUUAAGUGGCUCAAACUCCCAGGAAAUCUCACUCACCUGAGCUGUUUUCUCUUCCCCACUCAUUUAUUUUCCUUUUUUCCCUGCACUGGGAUUUUUUCUGCUGUAAAGGUACCCUGAAAGUGCAGGUUGGUGAUGGUUUUUUAGAGAUUUUGUUUUUUCAAAGCGAGCUGAGGUUUUCCUGAGGAGGUUUUUGUCAUUGCAGGGAGCUGGGCUGUGUUUUUGUCUUGGGCUGUGCCAGGUGAGAGGCAGUGUGACCAGGUAGCUCAGAGAAAGUGUCACCAACUGCUCUGCAGUUCAUGGAACUGCCUGACUGGGAAGGGAUCCACAAAUUCAUCAAAGUCCAACUGCUGCCCCUGCACAGAACAGCCCCAAAAAUCACACCCUGUUCUGAACUGGUGCAUUGAGCAUUAAAUCCUUGCCUUGGUUUGUUUGGGACUUUUUUGGAUUUUCCUUUCUCUGGCCAGGGGUGUUUAUUAAAAUGAACUGCUGGAAAUCCAUGGGGAUUUUAAUAAUUAACACCUGGCAUGGAAUUCCAGCCUGCCUGCUGGGAGGAGGGAGUCCAGCCAUGGCAGCAGAGCAGGGAAUUAUUGAUUACCCCAUCCCAGGCAGUGCUUGGGUCCAUUUGGUUCUGACACAUUUUGCCUCGGAACAAGUGAGAGGGGAAAUGGCACUUUCAGGUUUGAUACCCAAUGUAAUUCCACUCUUCAGGGAGGAGGCAUUUCCCUGGCCCCACAGAUCCAGGUUUGGGGAUUAAAGAAGCCUCUGGAAGAAGAGAGGGAUGGGUCUUGCUGAAAAAGUUGUGCAGUUUUGACUGUGCAUGAGAUUAAACAAAUAAAAUCAGCUCUUCCUAAAUAAUGGGUAAAAAAAAAACCCUGUCCUUUAAACAAAUAAAAUCAGCUCUUCCUAAAUAAUGGAUAAAAAAUCCUCUGUCCUUUCUCCCAAGGGAGCUGUUUGGAUUCCCAGAGCAGCAUAAUACUGAUAAUUUGUCUCUAAUUUGCAUAUAUAUAUAUAUAUACACACACAUAUGUACACAUGCAUAUAUAAACACACACAUAUAUAAAAAUUUAAUGACAUUAUCAAGGACUUGCAGGAACAGCCCCAGCUUCCCUCUCUGGCAAAAUCAGGGGAUCCAAUCUCCAGAAACCCUCGUGGCUCUGCACCCCAGCAGGAUCUGAGCACAGCCCUGGGCAUCAAAGCCCUGCUGGGGCUGGAUCUUUGGGAGGAGCAUUAGGAAUCAAAUCUUUAGGAAAAUAAUUAAAAAUCAAAUCAGGAAAUUGCCUUCCCCCUCUGGAUAAAAUCAUGUGUUCAUAUAAAAAAAAAUUUAAAACCUUUGUUGUAACUCACAUCUUAAAGGGAUCUAAUUAGCAAAUGAUUUAAUGAUUUUUUAAUGACUGAUAUUUGUUCUGCUGUGCUGAUGUUACACAAAUUCCAGUGAGUAGCUCUUUUCCUGGGAGCUGCUUCCAUUGGCUGAAUGGCUUCAAUCCAGUGCACGAGAGGUUUUCAGCAAAGUUUUCAGGCCAAUGUUAUUUUUGACAUGAAUACAAAUAGUAGCACAAUCUUUCUAUGUAUUAAAAAAGCAAACAAACAAAAAAAAAAAGGUGGGGUUUUUAAACAGUGACUCCACAUUUUGUAAAGAAAAGUUUGAAUAACAUUCACUGCUCCUUGAGCUUUUGAGAGGAAACCUCAUCAUCACUUUUCACAGCCAUUAUUUUGCAGAUAAGAAGUGUAUUUAGGUUAUUUUGCUUUCCUGUAAGAACAGAUAGAAAGAAAGGAAAUUCUUCAUGGAGAAUUCCCUUUGUUUGCCAAUGGAUCACACCCUCAGCUGCAUCUCUGUCAGUGUUUAUGACAAAAAUCAAGGUACAAACCACUCUGGAGUAGCAGGCCAUGUUUACAUUGCAGCUCUGGAUCUCUCCUGUCAAAUCUCAAGUGAUCUGCACUGAUUUGUUCUGUUUUCAGGCAGGAGCCCCUCGGGGGGUUUGAGCCAAAGCGUUCUGUCUGUUCAUUUUUUAUUAUUAUGGUUCUGACUUUAAACAAGAGACUUUGUAAUUUCAUGAGAAAAAGAUCAAAGCAAAUGUGGUGUCACCAUCACAAUGUUACUUUUUUGGGAGGUAAACGUUAGUGUGCAUUGAUUAAAGUUUAGAGAAACGUGUUGUACUGUAGUUGCUGUUUGUACCACGCAGAUGUGCACGUAUGGUUUGAAAAGAUAUUUUCAUUUUACAUGAAAUACAACUUUGCUAAUAAAAGUUUGACUUGAUGUAAUCUUCAAAA